UAGUUUGUCUAGAUUCUAGAUCUAUAAUAUUUUAAUACUGUUACUGUUAGAGUCUAGAUCUAGAUCUAGAUCUACAUAAUAAAAAAGACAUCUAGACAUCAUGUCUCAGUAUGGACAUCCUGCUUACCCACAGGCUUCUGGACCAACAAAUCAGUUCCCACAGAAAGGUGCUCUGCCAUAUGGACAAGGAAGUGCUCCACCAUAUCCUCAGUCAGGUACUUCUCCUUAUCCUCCCUCUGGUGCUCCACCGUAUCCUCAAGCAUCACAUUCUCAAGGGGGUGCUACAGCAUAUCCACCUGGAAAUGCUCCACCAUACACUUCAGGAGGAGCACCACCAUAUUCUCAAGGUAGUGCUCCAUCACACCUACCAGGAGGAGCACCACCCUAUCCUCAAGGGGUCACUCCAUCAUAUUCUCAAGCUGGUGCGCCACCCUAUCCCCAACAAGGAGUCCCUUCACUGCACCCUCCAGGUGGUGCUCCACCCUAUCCACAAACUGGCACAGCUCCCUCUCAUCAGCCUCCUUAUCCUGGGCAAGAUGUAAACGCUCAAACAAGACCCACUGCACCUCCUCGAGGCCCCAGCCCUGCUCCUCCAGGACAAAAUCCUUAUCCACAAGGUACUGCCCCAUACCAACCAACAGGUCAGUCUCCAUAUCCCCCACUAGCUCAAGGAGCACCUCAUCAACAAGGUGCUGCUCAGGCUCCUUAUAACCAAGGUCAAGCUCCAUACCCUGGUGCACCACCAUACCCAGGACAAGCAGCAAAUCGGGCUCCUUAUCAGGCUCAAGGGUCAGGUUACCCAGGUCAAAACAUGCCUCCAACCGGUCCUUCAGCAGUUGGCGGAGACAGAGUUGUCAGGCCUGGCACAGACCAGUUCAAAACACGAGUAGAAAUCACUUUGGAGUGUAGAAACCUCCUAAACAAAGACAUCCUAUCCAAGUCUGACCCUUGUGCAGUUCUGUACAUGAUCCAGCAAGGAAGAUGGUAUGAGGUGGGAAGAACGGAAAAUGUUAAGAACAAUCUGAAUCCUAAAUUCUCCAAGACCUUUGUAAUCAACUAUUUUUUUGAAGAAGUGCAGAAGAUUCUUAUAUCUGUCUACGACAUUGACAAUGUGACCCCACAGUUGACAGAUGAUGACUUUCUGGGUCAAGUGGAGACAACGCUUGGCCAGAUUGUGUCUAACUCUCCUUUUACUUCUCCACUUUUGCUGAAGAAUGGAAUGAAGGCUGGCCAGGGAGUGAUCAUUAUUAAGACUGAGGAGAUAAAAGAAGGUUGUGAAACAGCUCUGUUGACAUUCAGGGCUACCAAACUGGACAAGAAGGAUUUCUUUGGAAAGUCUGACCCAUAUCUAGAAAUUCAAAGAGCAUCAGCUGAUGGGAGUUGGCAAGUUGUUCAUAGAACAGAGGUUGUAAAAAACAAUUUAAACCCAAGCUGGAGACCCUUUGAACUAUCAGUACAAAAGUUGUGUGGUGGAAAUAAGCAACAAAAUAUUAAGAUUGACUGCUAUGACUGGGACAGUGACGGCUCUCAUGACUACAUCGGUGGAUUUGUCACAACAUUCAAUGACAUGGCUAAAGCUGUGCAACAAGAGGUUUCAUGGCCAUGUGUGAAUCAAGCAACAAAGGCCAAAAAGAAAAGCUACACUAAUUCUGGGACUAUUUUACUGACUUCCUGUAAAAUUAUAAAAGAGUAUUCUUUCUUGGACUUUAUCCAAGGUGGAACUCAAAUUAAUUUCACAGUAGGCAUAGAUUUCACAGCAUCUAAUGGCAACCCCUCCCAGUCCUCAUCUCUCCAUUACAUUAAUCCAUAUCAGCCAAAUGAGUACAUGGCUGCCAUCAAGGCUGUGGGUGAGGUCUGUCAGGAUUAUGACAGUGACAAACUUUUUCCAGUUCUGGGUUUUGGUGCCAGGAUCCCACCAAAAAUGGAAAUUUCCCAUGAGUUUGCUGUCAACUUCAACCCACAAAAUCCUUAUUGCUCUGGCAUAGAUGGGAUCUUACAAGCUUACUAUAAUUGUAUACAACAUGUUCAACUGUAUGGCCCAACUAAUGCUGCACCUAUCAUACAGCAUGUGGCUAGAUUUGCUCAGACAGCACAGAUGGAAGAACCAUCCAAAGGACCUCAUGCUUACUUCAUUUUACUCAUGUUAACUGACGGCGUCCUCAGUGACAUGUCCAACACUAGAACUGCUAUAGUUGAAGCCAGUAAACUGCCCAUGUCAUUAAUUAUUGUUGGUGUUGGUCAAGCAGACUUCAACGACAUGAACAUCCUGGAUGGUGACAAUGGAGUAUUGCGGUCAGCCAGUGGGGAGCCUGCUAAAAGAGAUAUAGUCCAGUUUGUCCCAUUUAGGGAUUUCAGAAAUAGUAGUCCUGUAGAAUUGGCCAGACAUGUGCUUGCUGAAGUGCCAAAACAAGUCACAGACUACUACAAGAUGAGAGGUCUGCAACCAGUUAAGAAACCAGAAGUCUAAUUAACAUCACAUUCAUAUGAUAUUUAUAAUUGAAAUUAAUACCAAAUUCUCUAAAAUGAAAAUGUGUUUUAACUAUUCUUAAAAAUUUUUUUUUAUAGAGAUCUAAUAAUUUAUCAAGUAUCUUUUUUUUUUCAAUAUGUCAAGUAUUUUUUUCUUGAUUAAUAAAAACAAAAUGGAGAUAAUUUAAUUUUGAUACCUUUAAACUUUCUUGUACAAAAAAUAUUUUAAUUUCAAUAUCUGUAAUGAGUCAUAUUUUGUGUUUUUGUUCUUCAAUAUUCAACCUCAUGUUUUCAAAGAUAAAUCAAUAUUUUUGACAUCUAUAAUUUAGCUGUCUAAAAUUUCUUUUCCAUGUUGUACAUCGUAUAAAAUACAGGCGUUACUAAGAAGAUGAAGUAAAGUACAUGUAGAUGAAGUCAAUUAAUAUAUUCUUGUACCUUUCAGUUUUUUUUUUUUAUUUUUAGUUCAGACACAAUGUAAUUAUCAUAUGCUUCUGGAACACAAGAGAAUUAUCACUUACAUCAGUUAUAAGGUAUUUAAAAAGAAUAAUCUCUGCCAAAAAAAAAAGAAUGAAAAAGUUUUAAACUUCGUAGACUACUGCUUUAAUAUCAAGUUCUAGAAAAAGAAAAGUUAUUUUUUUUUUUUUUUAGUUUUACAUUUUAACUGUCAACAAAGUUGUUUUUUUAUUACCAUUGCUAUGUUUUAACCAGCUCAAUGCCAAACACAUUUUAAAUCUGUAAUCCCAUGAAGGCUAUUGAUGUCAUUAAAUAGUUUUGUGGAUUAUUGUAUGAUAGAAUUACAAAUGUAAGUAGGCUACAUUAUAUUCUAAUAUUUAGAUAUAUUAUGAAGCUUUUAGGAAAUGUAGCAUAUGAAAUGAAAACAUUGUUAUUUCUGUUGUCAUUGUUUAGAGUGAACCUUUUUUUUUCUGUAGUGUGUAGUGUGUUGAGAGACUUAAAAUGAUUGGAAACUCUUUAUGUAUAUAUAUUUAUAUAUAUUUCUUUUAAUCUGUUGUUUCUUAUGCAGCUUAUUUUUUUUUUAUGUUCAAUAUUAAAACUGUUGUUUGUUUUUUAAAUAACCUUAUCAAUGGGGGGAAUAAAUCUCUAAGGUAAGCAGACCUUAACUGGCCAAUAUUUGUGACAAGUUUCCAAGGUUAAAACAGCCACUGAAUAAAAAUCUAGAGUGGUAACCUUGCCGCAGUUGUAUUUCUUUCAAAUGAGUAUCUUUUGUACUAUCAGCAAUUACUAAGAAUGAAGUUUUAAUGACCACAGAACUUUAAAGUUAGAUGUACCAGAUGUAAGAAUCAAUGAGAUUUAUUCAAGAUGUACCUACGAAAUAGGAUACAGUGACUUCUUUUUCUGUUUUGGUGUGUUUUUAAAUUUGUGAUAUUCAUAGUUUUCUUAUUACUUUUGCUGCUCAGUUCUUAUACAAUUUUUAGCAUUCACUAUAAAGAAUUUGAAGUGCCUAGUUUUAUUGAUACAUUUCUUUUUGUGAAUCUAUUUUUUUUUAAAUAUUUUUAUAACUAUGGUGGCUAUGUGGAUGAGUUAUUGUGUGUGUGUGUAAUUAACUAACAGAUGAUACAGGCCAGUGCUAGGCAAGUGGUUAACAGUGACAAUGGGCAAGAGGGGGGACACAGCAGGAAAGAUCUGUGUUCUGAACUCUUCUCUUGCAAUUCAUGGGUGAUACAGUCAUGAGAUCACUCAGAAGGAACAGACAAUGUUCUUUUGCUUUUUAGAAGGCCUUUCUCAUGUACAAGACCAUGUCAGCUUUUUGAAUUUAUUUAAUAGAUAUGCAAACAUAUUUAAUCUUUAUUUAUGCUGUCAAGUCCUGGAAAUUUCUAUUUUCAUUGAUAGAUAGGAUUUAAAAUCCCAAGGAUCAGAUGUCCAUUCAUUAUAUGAUUAAAAUUAUAUACAUAUAUAUUAGAAACUGCUUUUAAAAUGUUUUGAAUUAAACGAACAUAAUUAGAUAAUGAAAAUUAGUUUUAUUUUAAACAUUCAUCAAUCAUGAUUCAGAAAACUGAAAAAGUAGUCCUUUGAACAAUUUGUUUUUAUUUUUGUAUAGAUUGUGUUCUUCAUAUAUCUUGUACAACAGGAAUGUCUGUUUUUAGGUUAUAAAAUCUGUUUGUACAUAUUUUCUUAUAAUGUACAAUGUUAGGAUGACCAAAUUAUUUUAUCUUUUUUUCAUCUUGAUAUUGUAUGUAUUUUUAUGAUAGUAACUAUCCUUGUGAUGUAUUAUGACAAUCUUUAUCAGAAUAUUAAAUGUAUGUUGUCAAAGUUAUAUAC